CUCCAGCGGAUCGCUGGAGAGCACAGGCUGUUCGGUCAAGGGUGUUUGUUUCAGGAUGUACACAGAAGAGGAAGCUAGGAAAUUAGGAGUGGUUGGAUGGGUUAAAAAUACCAGUCAAGGAACUGUAACGGGACAAGUUCAGGGCCCAGAAGAUAAAGUAAAUGCAAUGUAA